AUGUCCAAACCCACUUCCCCACAACAACGACCAACACGGACAGUCUCCAACGCUUCCUCGGGUGAUCGCACAAUUCGCCCCCGCCACCUCAGCACCUCGAGCGGCGGCAGUGACGAGCCCGCCCUUGACGAAUCCGCCCUUACUGAGGACGCGAACCUGCCGGACGACACGGCCGACACACGCACACCGGCUCAACCACCAUGGGCCGCCGACUCAUGGGGUGACACCGAGUUGCGAGACCACCCACCACCCUUCUGGCGCCAGGCCAGCGACCAAGGAUUCAACGAGAAUGAGGAUUCAGAACAGGGCCCAAGCGACUAUUGGCGCCGUCCCUCACCGCCCCUUUCACCGGAACUGUCGACCGGGUCCACCGAUCCAUGGUUACGAUACCAGCCAGAUACGGGCACACCAGAAAGCGAGGAUGAGCACCAAGAUACCGCAGAGUAUUCCAAGCGUCUGGAGCAGGUGUUGUCGCUCGCCGACCAGUCACCAACGCCUUCGCCGACCCGACGGCGCGAUCGCAAUCGUGCAAUGUUCCUGGCUGAUGGAGAUGAUUCGGGUGACGAUGAUCCGUCGAGCUAUCUUCAGAGCGGCCAGGGCUACGACGAGGCCGUCCGCAAUGUGCUGCUCGACAGUGGAGAGGCGGUCGAUACGCUGUCUGUCGAGAAGGAGGAAGACGAGUUUGGCGCGUUGCCGGUGCACUCGAGGGGGGAAUCCUCCAUGCGAACCCCUUCCACAACAUCACUCUCUGCGUCCGUUCAGGAGAGGAUACAGUCGCCCAUGCGCGCUAGCCCCUCUGGCCCUUCGCGAUCCUACAUCCACCCUUCGGUGUCAAGGUUGCGAUCGCAACCCCACACCCGCAACACCUCUACAUCUACCCACUUGACGGCAUCGAGCCUUGCCAAUCACACACGUCUCCCAAGCCACUUUUCGCAGGUGUCCCUCUCUCGCUCGGACUCGAUUUCAACCACGUCAUUAGCCGGCCCGUCCCGCCCUUUGGCUUCGGCGCUGGAAUCACCGCCUGUCGCCGAGGACAUGAAAGGCCCAGCGUUCACGUUCCACCCCCUGCGCCACCUGUCUGCGCACCUGUUUAAUCGGGCCAGAGACCGAGACCGAGAAAAUGGCGCCUCAUCGCCUACCCCACGCCCGUCCCCAUCCAAGCGGACAGGGUCUGUCCUCGGCCUUUCCUUGGGGAGAGGAGUAGGCGAGGCACCUUCUCCACCGCCAACGGAGAGGAGUCUGGGCACUCCCACGGUCAUGGACACGAACGGUAUGAUAGCUGUCGGCACGCAGGGUGGUUACGUGGUGGUAUAUGGCUUCAACCAGGAGGUGCGAAGCGUCUUGGGCAAUGAGGCGACUGUUCUGUCUGGGCCGGUUACCGCAGUGACCGUCUGCCCGGAUCAGACCUGGAUCGGCGUAGGUCACGCGAGCGGCAACAUCUUCCUCUGGGACCUGUCACAUCCGUCAAAGCCGAGCCGCACAUGUCUCGCAGUGGCUUUGGCGCAAGUCCUCUCUGGUCGUAAGGAAGGCCACCUGCAAGGGUCUCGGAUUAUCCACAUUGGCUUCGUCGGCAAGCGCCACACUUCCAUCGUCACUGCCGACGAGGAGGGUAGGGCGUUCUGGUUCAGUCUGGGCCGUGUGAUGGGGGUUGACAGUAAUGACGUUGUUCGGAUGCUGGGCUCGUAUCCCGAGCGGGAGCACGAACGACCAGAGCGUCCGCUUGACUCUGCAAGGAAUGAAGGGGAGACGUCGGCGCCCAGCUCUAUCCGGUCUCAGCCGGUCAAGAAGCCCACAACACUGUUUGCGGCAUUACCUCUCCCUCACGGUGCAGCUCCUCACGCGACAGACGAGUUCCACGUCACAGCGCUCCUCACGCCUGUCAAACUUGUUGUUGUUGGUAUGAAGCCCUCCGCCAAGACAUGGUUCCGCAAGAUGCGCGACACGGCCGGUGGCGAUUGCGGAGGAUUUGUUGGCUGUGCGGUAUGGCUCAAGUCCGGAGAGGUCACUGCAGGAACCGCAACGUCGCCCCCGUCCGACCCCGUCCUCGCGUACUCGUGGGGCACGUCACUGCGCUUCCUCCGCGUUCGUGUGUCCGUCACCGAGCUGCUGGAACGGUCGCAACGCGCCAGCAAGAAUGACAAGAAGCCUGCGCAGAUAAAAUCACCAGAGUUCAUUGAGGGCCGUCGUUGGGAAGCUCCGAACCCCAUCCAGUCUCUUCACUGGUUUGACUCAGACCAUCUUUUGAUCAUCACCAACGAGGAGCUGCUCUUGAUCAACGUCCGUACGAUGAAGGCCAUCGAGAACACUCCGCUCCAGACGAAGCUUCUCACCUCGCAAGACUUCUACUCUGGUCUCAGCAUCCGCAAGGCCGACAUCGACGCUGUGCCGAACACCAUCGCCAGCAGCGCGCGAACCUUCCGCGAGAAGCUUUUCCUCCUCACCAAGGCCAAUGUCCAGGUUGGCACUCUGCAGCACUGGAACGAUCGCGUCUUGGCAAACGUCCACAAGGGGGACUUCCUCGCCGCCAUCAACCUGGCACUGGCGUACUACGAAGGCCGAGCUGCAGGCAACACGAUCGGCCUACCAGAAGAGCCCGGUGCCCGGCGCGACGUAGUCGGCACCCGUGUUCGCGAACUGAUGCGAGCCUCCCUCGACUGGGCGUUUUCUGAGGAACGCAUGCACGACGACACGCACUUCAGUGCCGAUGGCCGAGGGGUGGACCUCACUUCACUCUUUGAGGGCCUGGCGACGGCCUGCAUCGACGCGUGCUUGGCCAUGCACGACUCCGAAUUCCUCUUCGACGAGGCGUACGAGCACUUUGCCAACGUGGGCAUCCAGAACAUCUUCCUGGCCCGCCUCGAGGGAUACAUCUUUGAGGACCGCGUGUCUGAGGUGCCGCCAAACGUCGUUCAGGCCAUGAUCUCCAUGCACGACAUCCAGGGCGAGUACGGCCUGGCGGAGGCCAUUAUUUGGCAUAUUGCUCCCAACUCGCUCGACAUCAACCAGGCUGUCACGCUGUGCGAGGAGCAUGGGUUGUGGGACGCCCUCAUCCACGUCUACACUCAAGCCAUGGGCGACUAUGCUGCCCCGAUUGUCAAGCUCAUUGGCAUCGUGUGUGACAUCCAGCGUGCUCGUCGCGAACGCCCCAGCCUCGUCGGCGACAGCGUCGACCGAUCAGAUGUGGAGGAAGAGCUGGCACCGGACGCUUACAAGCUCUACGCUUACGUUGCGAACGUUCUCUCUGGCCUCUGGUACCCGUCCGGCGAGCAGAUGCGGGAGAGUGAGGCGGCGUCGGCUAGGACCGCCGCGUAUAGCCUGCUCUUCUCUGAUCGCACGGUCGAAUGGCCCCAAGGCUCAAACGACCUCGUGCUCACCGAUCAGAGUGACUCGGGAGGCUUUGAACCAGCGUACCCAUACUUGCGGCUGCUCCUGCAGUUCGACACAGAGGCGUUCCUCCACGCGAUGGACUUGGCGUUCGAGGACCCGUAUCUCAACGACCCGUCCCGCGCAAUUAACCGGCAAACGAUCAUCAACCUCAUGCUCGACGUAAUGGACGACGGCUUCCACUCGAGCGACGUGACGUUCCUUCACAUCUUUGUUGCGCGCAACCUGCCAAAGUACCCUCAGUUCAUCUUCAUUCCGCCAUCAACAUCACAUCGCAUCCUUGUGAGCCUGGCCUCCGACCCCGACCAGUCGACGCGCGAGGACAGGCAGCUCGCGGCCGAGUACCUCCUCUCAGCAUACACGCCUCACGAUGCCGACGAAAUGUUGGGCCGCUUCGAGCAGGCAGGCUUCUUCCGCAUCCUGCGUGCGGCGUGCAGGCGCGACCGGAAAUGGGGUGCGCUAAUCGACACGCUGUUGAGGGACCCAGACGCAGACGACGGUGUUUUCACUAGCCUCGACGAGAUCAUCACGGUUUCCAAGACUUCUCUUGGCAUUGUCCCGGACGAGGUGUUGACCGCUGCGUCCAACGCGCUGCCUCACCUCUUCGACCUUAGUGUGCGCCAGACGGCUCUUCUCCUCGACCGGUCUCUGCCGUCCCUCCACGAGUCGGCGAUCAAGGCGCUUGACGGAUCUGAGCACAAGCAGGCAGCGUAUCUACGCUGUCUGCUUGACCCGAAGGCUGACGAGAACGAGAGCGACGACGGGCAGGAAGAUGACGGCGUGAUCUUGCAGCCAUCCAAACACCUCCACAACAGCGCUCGUCACAAGUACGUGUCGCUCCUGGCACAGCAGGACCCAUCCGCGAUCCUCCCGUUCCUUGACGAGCAAGGCAAGGCAGCGUUCGACCUGCCUCUCCUGGCGGAGCAAUUCGAGAUGGCCGGCGUUCCCGAAGGUCAGCUGUGGGCGCUUGACCGCAACGGCCAACGCAAGGAAACGUUCGAGACGAUCGACUCAGUCCUUGCCUCACGCGGCGCCGAUCUCGCCGAGGGCAUCCACCGGCACUCAGAGGGCGACAUCCACGCGUCACUAGCGACGCUCUCCAGCGUAGCGCAUAUGGCCAUUCGGCUGUGCCAGGAGCACUCAGGCGAGAGUAGCGACGCUGAGGACAUGUGGUUCGGCGUGCUCCACUCGAUCACCGAGCUCGUACACUCAGUGUCGGCCCUCAAGCAAGACGACCUGGGAUCGUCAGCGCUCGAGACACUGCGUGGCCUCGUCCAGGACACGCUGCAGGCACUGCUAUCGACGUCCUCAGCGCACCUCUCGUUUGCGCGGCUGUUCAAGCGCCUCGUCGAAGCCGCACCGACUGGCAAGGGCAAGGGCAAGGGCAAGAAAGGCGGAGCACGCGCAUACUCCGAGUUCCGCGCGAUAUUGUCCGGCAUGCUUGACUCGUUCCGACAGGACACGGACGUGCUGUCCUUGAGCAUCCGGCUUGUGGACGCGGACAUGUUCGAGCUGCUGGGCGAGAAGGUGGCGAAGAGCCAGGCGGGCUGGAGCCCACACUCAUCAACUUGCGCACUGUGCAACAAGGCUCUCUGGAAGGCGGGGGAUAAGGUGGACGUGCGUGCAGAUGGGAGCGCGGUACACGUCGCCUGCAGCAACUAG